AGGUCCCAAAUUCCAUUCUUCAUUUUGGUUUUGAUGAGUUGAAGUUUUAUCAGAUUGUCCAGCCUAAACAUCUUCAGACCCAAGGCACAGAAUCAAAGACCUAAUAAGAUUUCAGAUUCAAUGAGGUGGGUAGGGAGAGGAGGAGUUUCCCUGAAGUCCACAAGCAACAUCAGGAAACCAUUAUGAUAGUUUCAAUGAAAACUACAAGCCUGCAGAUGACAUGGCUAUUAAUGCUAAUGUUUUCAUUCGCAGUCAAUGCUAAAAGUCUAAAGGAAUCAAAACCCCCAAUAAUAGAGUGCAAACCUUUUAUCGUAUACUGGAAUGUUCCUACAACACAUUGCAAGAAGCGCUUUGGUGUGGAUCUAAAUCUCCAAGCUUUUAACAUUGUGGCUAACCCUGAUGAGGUAUUAAAUGGGCCCCAUGUUACCAUAUUUUAUGAAAAAAAGUUAGGAAUAUACCCUUACAUAGGUGAAAAUGGAGCGAUCAUCAAUGGAGGAAUACCUAAGAAUGAGAACCUUCCUAAGCACCUUGAAAAGAGCAAGGAAGACAUCAAGAAUGCCAUUCCUUCGGGAAAAUUCCAAGGACUUGCUGUUAUAGACUGGGAAGAGUGGAGACCUCAAUGGGAAAGGAAUUGGGGUUCUAAAAAUGUAUAUAGAAUCCAGGUUUUAAACCACAUUAAAAAUAACCACAAGAAUUGGUCAGACGCCAAAAUACAGGCAAUAGCAAAACAGGAAUAUGAAAGCGCUGCCAAGAAUUUUAUGAAUUCUACUCUCCGCUUGGGGAUAGGAAUGAGACCGCAAGGACACUGGGGUUUUUACCUUUACCCAGAGUGCUACAAUUAUGAUUACCAAAAAAACCCAGUGACAUACACUGGGAAAUGUUCAGAAUUGGAAAUUUCCCGCAAUGAUGACCUCCGGUGGCUAUGGCAAGAAAGUACUGCUCUUUAUCCUUCUAUAUAUUUGCCAUCGAUGUUGAAGGAUAGUAUAUACACCCAGAAAUUUGUUCACUAUCGGAUCAAAGAAGCGAUGAGAAUUUCCCAGAUGGCUAGGAGUGACUAUGCUUUGCCUGUUUUUGUUUAUACUAGGUUAUUUUAUAGCUAUAGUACUGAUCCCUUGACUAAGAAUGAUUUAUUGUAUACCAUUGGUGAGAGUGCUGCAAUGGGGGUAGCAGGUAUGGUAAUAUGGGCAGGAACAUAUGAUACCGGUUCAAAAAACAGUUGCUUAAUUAUGCAGCAAUUUGUUAACGGAGCUUUUGGUCAUUAUAUCGUCAAUGUGACUGCAGCUACCCAACGCUGCAGCAAAAUUCUUUGUAACAAUAAUGGGCGAUGUGUUCGGAGAGAAGCUGACUCAUACUCUUAUCUGCAUAUGCCUGUGGGAAGCAUUAUGAGGCAUAAGUUAAAGAGGGGACUAAAGUUUAUCCCUUCUCAAAGAGCUUCAAAAGAGGAAACACAAUAUAUGAAGAAUGAAUUUGUGUGCCAGUGUUAUACUAACUGGAAUGGAAAAUUCUGUUCAUGGAAAGACACCCACCACUCUGGAUCAAGGCGAAGAAUUCUGUCUUCUGAAGCAACUAUGCUGCUCACUUUAAUUUUAAUAUUGCCUGUGAGCCUGCUAAUCCUUUGUAUCCCACUAUAAUCUAACCUUUCUGGGAUCAGUCCAAAGGAUCCAUCUAGCUUCAUGCUCCUGUGCUCUCUGAUCUUCUCCAUGCCAGCAGUUCCAAAUGUCUUGAGGAUUGUGAUACUUUAUCAUUGUUUGAUUUUGUAUUCCUCUCUCUCUAUGUACACAACAAAUAUGCUUUAAUGAAAAUGAAAUUACCAUCAAUGUCAUUCUCUGAAUUGUUUGAGAUUAAAAGGAUUAUUGAGAUAAAAAGAUUCUUAUAAAUUG